AUGGAUGUUAGAAGCCGGGGCCCUUGUUCUUGCUGACGGUGGCCUUUGUUGCAUUGAUGAAUUUGAUAGUAUGAGAGAACACGACAGGGCAACAAUACAUGAAGCAAUGGAGCAGCAAACCAUAAGUGUUGGCAAGGCUGGUCUUGUAACAACUCUCAGUACUAGGACAAUUGUCUUUGGUGCAACAAAUCCCAAAGGACAAUAUGAUCCAGAUCAAACUCUAUCUGUCAAUACUGCACUCUCGGGUCCAUUAUUAAGCAGAUUUGAUAUAGUUCUGGUUCUCUUGGAUACAAAGAAUCCUGAAUGGGAUGCAGUUGUGUCAUCUCACAUUCUUGCUGAUGAAGAAUCAGACAAAGGCGAUCACAAUGAUGAUUUAGCAAACAUUUGGACAUUAGCUAUGCUUCGUAGGUAUAUUCAUUUCGUUAAAGGGUACUUCAGACCAACACUCACAAAGGAGGCUGAAAAGGUUAUCUCAAGUUAUUAUCAACUUCAAAGAAGAUCUGGGACUGAUAAUGCAGGUUCUUUUACAUUAAAGUCCUUUUUGGCUAAAACACUGUUUCUCUCUCUCUCUCUCUCUCUCUCUCUCUCACUAUGUGCUUAUAUGCCAAUUUGAAUUGCAGCAGGGACAACUGUUCGCAUGCUGGAAAGUUUGAUACGCCUUGCUCAAGCACAUGCAAGACUUAUGUUCAGAAAUGAGGUCAGUAGGUUAGAUGCUAUCAUGGCAAUUUUAUGCAUUGAAUCAUCCAUGACGACUUCAGCCAUUGUGGACAGCGUUGGGAAUGCCCUGCACUCCAAUUUCACAGAAAACCCUGAUCAGGAAUAUACCAAGCAAGAAAGGCUCAUCCUUGAAAAGCUGAAAUCGAUUGAUGAAUUUUCUGACAUGCACAGCAUAGAAGAAUUGUCCAGAUGAGAAGACAGAAAGCAAAAGCAUCUCAGCGAAUGGAAUUAAAAGAUUAUCAGGCAGUUCAUGACCGCGAGUAUAUAUCCACAAUCUGUACCACUUUGUUAUUGAAAAGAAAAAUCCCGAGUUACUACCA